GUGCAAUUCAUGACAUUCUUUUGAACUAUUUUCAAUCAGAGGUAAAUCCAGACAAUUACUCGUUGGUUCAUUGUCUGGCUCCGCAGCGGCCAAAUCGCAGCAUCUCCCUGCCUGGUCUUCCUCAUGAUGUUCCGUGCCCCCGUCUGAACUCAUUGCCUCCUACUCCACCGACUUUCCUCUGAUCGUUGGCGUGCAUGCGGAUAGCUUAUGUCUGCCACAGGACCAUCAGAUUCCCCGGCUCCCAGUGGACAGGGGGAUGUCCAACCGAUUCCUCUAGAUGAGGGGAAGCAAGAAGAGCAGCAAGUGACCUCAACUGGUCCUGAGCCAGCUGCGGGGAUGCCGAAUGCUCCCUCAGCCUUGCAGGAAAAUCCACAAAAUAUACAAAUGGACAACAUGAAAGAGGAAGCUCAAGAUGAAUCGCAAGUCCCUGCGACAGGGUCUUCGGAAGCAACACCUGCCGAUACAUCGGAUUCGACACCUACUCAGACGUCUCUUCCGGGACGAAUGAAAGGACUAUCGAUUUCGACCAACGUGUCAGAGCGUCCCACAUCAUCCAGCACCGAUGCGCCUCCGCCACCUCCAGAAAAGGAUGAAGCAUACCUCAACCCGAAUGUCAAAUCUGCGCCCCCUUCACAAUCGCCUGUCAACCCUCCCUCCGAAUGGACCGAGAAAGAGCUACCCGAAGUUCCGGCGAGCAAUGAGAAUGAGAAAAGCAAAGGCACACAAGGUGGUGAAGGCGGUCGAGAUGACGACUCUCAACCAGAAAUUCAGAGUAUCAUGGAGCAGUUUAGAGACCCUGCGCGCAGUAGUGGACAGGAGGAGAUCAUGUCACCUCGGCUAGAGCUGGCUGAGCAGUUCCUUGGUGGCCAAAAUCAUUUCCCACCACGUCAGUCGAGCCUCGAUGCUACUAAGGCAGCAGAUGCCGGCUCACAUGCCCCCAAUCCCCCGGCGCCUGCAGAACCAUCAUCUCCUCCCGGAAAGCAACCUGCGCCUGCCCCUAGACCUCUACAACGAAGUGCCACAAGCGAAGAGCCGAUGCUGACCCGGCGGUCAUCAACAUCGACAGUGCCUCCCCCGCCAGAGCCCGAGCCCGACCAACCAUUCGAUUUCCAUCGGUUUUUGGAACAACUGCGGCACCGCACCGCAGACCCCGUGGCCAAGUUUCUGCGCUCAUUUCUUCAUGAGUUCGGGAAGAGACAGUGGAUGGCCCAUGAACAGGUCAAGAUCAUCAGCGACUUUUUGGUCUUCAUCACCAACAAGAUGGCCAUGUGCGAGGUCUGGAGGGAUGUAUCAGACAGUGAGUUCGAUAACGCCAAAGAAGGCAUGGAGAAACUUGUAAUGAACAGACUGUAUUCGCAAACAUUUUCUCCAGCCAUCCCAGGACCCCCAACAAUCCCACGGAGUGCCAGUAGAAGUAGACGGAGAGAAAUGGAGAGACUCCAUGGACCAUGGAGGCGAGGUCAACACCAAGAAGAUAUUGAGCGGGAUGAUGUUCUGGCGCAGAAAAUGGGAAUAUACAGCUGGGUGAAAGAAGGACAUCUCGAUAUUCCACCCGUGGGCUCCGGUGGGACUCGAUUCUUGAAUCUAGCCCAACAAGAGCUCUUGAAGAUUAACGGGUAUCGGGCACCUCGUGAUAAAGUGAUUUGUAUUUUGAAUUGCUGCAAGGUCAUCUUUGGUUUGCUGCGCAAUACGAAGAAGGCCGAUACGUCGGCAGAUUCCUUUGUGCCUCUCUUGAUCUACGUGGUGCUGCAAGCCAACCCUGACCAUUUGGUAUCCAAUAUUCAGUAUAUUCUUCGGUUUCGCAAUCAGGACAAACUUGGAGGAGAAGCUGGUUACUAUUUGUCGUCAUUGGCCGGAGCCAUCCAGUUUAUUGAGACGCUCGACCGAACCAGCUUGACCGUGAGCGAUGACGAGUUUGAGCGCAAUGUUGAGGCAGCAGUCUCGGCGAUCGCAGAGCGAAACCGCCAACGUGAGUCCUUGGAGCAGAAGAAGGCCGAGCGCUCUACUGCUAGAGCAUCAGAAACUACGCCACGAAGUUCUACUGAAGGAGGGCAACGGAAUGCGGGACGGAAAGAGGCGCCGCAAUCCAGCGAUGAGGAGAGUGCCCCUGUCGCUGGGCUCCUGCGGACGAUUCAAAAGCCAUUGACAACGAUUGGAAGGAUAUUCUCUGACGAGCCAGACUCGCCGCAAGAACGGUCGAUGCAGCCCGUCGUGACCCCACAGCCCGGGGCACCCCCUCGAUUGACUCCCAACGUGUAUCAGCCUCCGCGCAACAGUGGUGAGGAGCGACGGUCAGGGGAGGGACCCCGCAAUGGUGCCCAGCAACAUUUGGCACGAGUUCUUGAUGCGCAGGAUGCUGCAGCACGACAAGCCAGUGCGGAGGACGCAGAGGCGCGAAGGAUCCAACGAGCCGAGCAUAACGAUGUGGUGGAGACGCUGUCCAAUAUGUUCCCCAACCUUGAUCGAGAUGUGAUUGAGGAUGUAGUCAAGAUCAAAGAAGGACGGGUUGGGUUGGCUGUGGACGCGUGCCUUGCUCUGAGUGCCGAAUAAAGGGGUAAGGGUAUUGAGGAA